UGAAUUAAUCCUUAACUUCCGGAAGUUGCAGUAAUUCGGCCUUUACGUUCUGCACACGCAAGCGAGUUAGAAAAAAAAAGCAUGCAGUUGCACAUUCGAGGCCAGACGACGCACGUCCUCGAGUGCCAGGGGACUGAGUCUAUCGCUGAAAUCAAGGUCGCACUUUCUGCAUUAGAAAAUGUCGGGUCCGACGAUUUUACCCUCCACUGUGCUGGAACACCACUGAGUGAUGACACCAACGUGGCCGACCUCUCUUCCUACAUUUUGGAAUUGACAGUUCCUCUGCUCGGAGGUAAGGUCCACGGUUCCCUCGCUCGUGCUGGAAAAGUCAAGGGUCAAACCCCGAAGGUCGAGAAGCAGGAGAAAUCGAAGAAGAAGACCGGAAGAGCCAAAAGGCGAAUCCAGUACAACAGGCGGUUCGUGACUGUCGUACCAACGUACGGAAGACGUCGGGGCCCCAAUGCCAAUCCCAACACAUAAACGCAUUGACAGCGACAAAAUGUCAUUCUGAUUUAUUAAAAUAAAUACCACACUUCAAUAUU